AUGCCCAGAAACUCAUCAAAAAGCGACGUGCACACUCUCCAUCAACAGGGCCACAAAAUAACCCCACGACACGAUGAGUACACCGUUGGGUGGAUAUGCAACUUGCCCAUGGAGAUGACAGUUGCGUCAAUGAUGUUGGAUGCAAUACAUUCAGCGUCGCCCAUACCGCUAGAUGAUUCCAGUGGGUAUAUUCUUGGAAGGAUCCGAUAUCACAACAUCGUUAUUGCUUGUUUACCAAAUGAGCCGUAUGACUCAACGACAUUUGCAGUGCUUGAGAGGCAGGUAUUCUCUAAUUUUUCAUCCAUCCGCUUCUAUCUUUCAGUUGGGACCGGUAGUGGCAUACCAAGCAGCAAAGCAGAUAUUCGAUUAGGCGAUAUUGUAGUGAGCCAGCCGAGAGGCAAAUCUGGAGGUCUGAUCAGGUACGAUUUUGGUAGAGUAUUGAGCAGGGACGAAUUCUCGCGAACUGAAUCGCUGAAUCAAGUCCCUGAGAUUCUGUCAGCUGCUCUAGCUGUCAUUCAAGCAGAUCAUGACUUUAAAGGGCUUAUGAGGGGUCAUGUCGCCAAAUAUCUUUGCGACAUGCAAGAGAAACUUCCUCCUGGCGCCGCUAAAAGGUUCGCGCGGCCAGAUGAGGACUAUCUAUUCCAAGCUGAUUAUGAACAUUUCGGAUUCAAUUCGUGUGCAGAUUGCGAUCGAUCCAAGUUGAUUUUACGACCUGAUCGAGAGCACGAAGAGCCUGCCAUCCACUAUGGAUCCAUUGCAACUGGAAGUCGAGUGAUGAAGCACGGCCAACUUCGAGAUCGAAUAGACCAGGAACUAGGAAUACUUUGUUUUGAUUCACAAGCCGCACGUCUCAUGGAUAACCUUCCAUGUCUGGCUAUUCGGGGCAUCUGUGACUAUGCCGACUCUCACAAAGACAAAGCAUGGCAAGGAUAUGCAGCUGCUGCGGCAGCAGCCUAUGCAAAGGAGCUUCUUUUGAUUGUUCCAGCCCCAAAAAGAAUACUUUCUGCGUCUAUAUCCGUUCGUAUGCUGUCUCCAAUAGACCAAGCAAGAAGCGCGGAUACGAGUGGAUACAGCAGUCCAAAACCGGGAUUGAGUCAACAAAGGGAAAGUACCCUCAAUGGGCCGCCAACAGAUUCUGGAUACGCAUCUAUUACCCACCAGAAGAUUUCAGGUCGAGAUGAAUACCGCACAGAACAUGUUCAAGAUGAUCAAGGCAUAGUGCCUGGCGAAGAGGGAUUCCCUUCUCCUCCGGCGGCAGCUAGCCCGAGAAAAGCAAAAGACGACCACAGCGAAGACACUAAAUCUAUCUAUACAACUGAGUCUAGCAUUUCCCCUUCGGAUAAGCAGAUCUAUAUUUCCGAAUUGGUCAAUGAUUUGUUCAGAAAAGCCCAGUAUGAUCAAGAUACCCGAAACCUUCGGGAAAGAAUUCACGGUGUUCUUCCUCAACUUCUGAAAGCUUUUGCAAUGAAAUUUGGUCAAUUAGGCUCGACUCCGAUACACAGGGAUAUCAUGUGGCCUGACAGUGAAAUUGCGAAUGGGUUGAAAAUGAAGUACCUAGAAGAUCAGACUGAAAUCUAUGUGUCCACACAUGACGACACCAAAAUGGAAUUAGGCGACCUCAUGGCUCUCUGGGACCAACAUCUAGAGGAUGCAGGUGAUGAUCUUGCCGUUCCACAGUUCGACAGUGGGGCAGUGAAUUCAGAUGUUGACGAAGAUAUACCAAUUGAAGAUGGUGAUGAAAAUAUCCCUGAACAUACGAAAUAUUGGGACUUAAUCACCGCCAGCCCAGUGUAUGAAUGGCUAAUUGGAAGUCUUCGGAGGAAACUUCACCUGCACCCAGCAGAGCCAAAUGUUCAAGAUGUUAUUCGCGACCGAAUCCUGGAGAUUCUCCCGUCAUCCCGAAGAGUCAGUCGAUAUGACCAGCCAACAGUAUAUCAGGUAGUAUUCCUUCUCAGUUGGGAUCCCGCGUCUUUCAUCGCAGAGCAGGAGUAUGACCUAAGUGAAGAAGGCUUCCUUGGGAAGAUUAUCACAAUUACAGGGUCCAGUCAGGAUGCUCAAGCAAUGACUUGCUUGCAAUACCUUCAGCAAACAUGGCAUUCAUAUGGUGCCGAUAUCCUUGAGCUAGUCGAGGCUACACUGCGUAGUGAGCGUGACUAUAAACACAGCUGUACACUGCCAGACAAUACACGACUCGCGGCUUGGACGAAUGAAAAGGAGUUUCUAGUUGAAGUCACUGGCAUAGAGAGCUCAAUUACAGAGAUCGGGGAACAACUUGCGUGGCUAGGCUCUGCUCUCCGUUCCUCGCCCCACGAAUCUAGGAUAUUGUACUGCACACCUGUUAAAGGUGCAUCAAACCCAAAUCCACAAGCAGCAGCUAUCACGCGGGUAUUAUGCUGUAUUGAAUUCAAGUGUGAGGAUCAGGAGCAAACGAGCUCAUCGUCGCCCUUGGGACAAUGCUGGCACCACUUGUUCCGAAACCCCACAGUGGUGAUGGGCUUCCCAGUACCAUACCGUUCCAGACAAAAUACUGGCCUUGAAAUCCCGCUCAACAUUUUGGCGGGUCUAGCCCAAGCAACGCAGGUGGAUGCCUUUAGUGAUAAGCUAUUCAUCAAAGGAUUUUCUAGCUUAUUGAUCCCGACGGAGUACAUCCGAGAUCAAGAUCAGAUGAUGUGGCACCUGCGUUAUAAUGUGCAUGGAGAUCGCAUUUCGUAUCUGGAUGGAAUUGGGGCUCAUGUCGGACACAUCACACUAGUCGAUAUGGAGUCGAGCCGACAUAUCCUUGGUUGGUGUUCAGACGCGAAAUUCUAUGCCGGAGCGGCAGAUGCUAGUUAUUCGAUCAAUCGGUCUUGGUUGGGGUCACCGUCCUCUCGCUGCAGCUUGAGCAACACAUCGAUCACGGCAGGCAGGCUAAUCACAGGCGGUGACCCGGCAAUGUAUGGCAACAAAGACAUACCAUAUCGACUAACUCGGGAUGAGUACAUUGAAAAGCUCUCGUGGAUUGCCAGACAAUACGUGGUAAUGUGGGAUGUGGGAGCCAAACGGGGGUGGUUGGUGAAUGGGGCCUGCGCUCUAUUGCACCUUCUUUUUGCUUCCCUACAUUUCAACAAAACUGAUCCACUCGGCUUUGCAUUCCAGUUGGAUCCUACCGACAUCAAAUUCCCAGAGAACACAUUCGCCCCCAGAUCUGCAAUGGAGGUUUUGUUGAACCCAGAUAACCUAUGCCUGAAACUGUACAACGCGAAACAGAGCGAACCAAACGAGACAACGUUACCCCCAGUACGGAUUCAACAUAGAGUCGAUCGUUUGUAUAACAUGCUCGAGAAGAUCAUGGACCAUCAAGCAGAGAUUAUGGGGACAGACGGCGGAGCAUCACGCAAUAUGGCUCGGGGAAACCUGGAAGGAUGGGAUUUCAAGGAUUUGGCGACCCAGGAAGACCCAUUGUGUCCUCGACUUUGUAAGUUGAGUAUCAGAGGGAAGUGUUGGGUUGAUUUUACCAGAGAUAUUCGAGCGUCAGUGCUUUUUGGGACGGGGUUUGGUGAGAUUCUUCGCCCGGUUGAUAACGAACAACUAUGCCCAUAUUGGAGCAGAUUACCAGAAGGUGAAUCUUACCUUGCAGUCAGUGGGUAUGAUCUUGCGAAUAUUAUCGACCGGUUCGGAAAUCCACAUAGUAAACCGAUCCGACUGACCCGCAAUUUGGUUUGGUGCAAUUGCCUAGACAAUGGUCGCCCAGCUUGCAGAUGCAUUGGACUCCCGGAGCAGACAGAACAUUCCGAACUGGCACAAGUAAUCCUGCCUUCACACUUCAGAAGGAGUAUACCGAAGCACAAUUCCGUCCGACCAAGCGGUUGGAGCCAUGGCGCGAUAGUAUUUGGCUACAACAGAGACUUGCGAUGGACCUGGAACGACACCGGUUACCCUGAACAGAAAGAGGUUCUGUCAUGCUCAGAUGAUUCGGGGUCCGAUUCAGACGGUGACUUUCACGACUCAGGACUUGGAACAAGCUUGGCUCCUGUCACUGCCCAUGGUUCCAGGAGACUGUCAUUGUCAAGGUCCCCGCCUGAAGGUAUUACUCACGAGGAUUACGAGGUAGGCAUUGUGUGUGCGCUGUCGAAAGAACUUCUUGCCGUCCGCGCUUUGUUCGAUUCAACCCAUCCUGACCUCGAAAAAGACCGAAAUGACCCUAAUUGCUAUUGUCUCGGACGGAUGAAAGGGUUCAAUGUGGUUGCUGCUGGUCUUCCAUACGAUGAUUAUGGCACGAAUUCCGCCACGAAUGUUGCUUCUCAUUUGAUCCGAACUUUCCCGCGAGUGAAGUUCUGCCUGGUCGUUGGAAUCGGAGGAGGAGUACCUUCCACAAAUCGGGACAUACGGCUUGGUGAUGUCGUCGUCGGUACCGGGGUGCUACAAGGUGAUAUGGGGAAAUGGAUCCAGAACUCCGAGUUUAAGAUGACGGCGCAGAAACAACAACCACCACCCUAUUUACGAGCAGUCAUUACGAAAAUCCAGUCCAAUGGCUUCAUUUCCUUCGAGUCCGCUUUGAACCCGCUCCUUGACGAUCUUGAUCUGAUUGCCUCAAUGCAACCGAAAUACUUAUACCCAGGCGCAGACAAAGACAUGCUAUUCGACGCAGGUGACGUGCACGUUGAGACGGAACCAAAUUGUGACAAGUGCAUCGGCAGCCGACGUCCAAGGACUCGACAGCAUGACGGCCCAAGCGUUUUCUACGGUCUUAUCGCAUCUGGUAAUCAGCUCGUUCGAGAUGCAAGAUACCGAGACCGCUUGGGCCAGGAAAAUGUGAUCUGUGUUGAGAUGGAGGCGGCAGGAGUCAUGAGAACUACUACCGACUGCCUUGUCAUUCGGGGCAUAUGCGAUUAUGCCGACUCACAUAAGAACGAUCAGUGGCAGGAGUAUGCCGCUGCCUCAGCGGCUGCUUACGCCAAAUUUUUCCUGUCUCAUAUGCGCGAAAGCGCUCAUGAGUUCGCCGUCCGAGUUCCAUCACGGUUAGAAGCUCCGACGGGGUCAGUACACUUGCAGAAGGAGAAGCGGGCUGCAUCAUGUGCUGUCUAUGACCAGCAUGUGGAGCUCAAGAGAUCUCGACGAUACUGAAUUCUAUUUCAGUGCUGAUUGACGUCGAUCUAGACGAGCUCGAGAUGUCGCCAUGAUCCAAGGAACAAUCAGAGGUGAUAAUGCCAGAAUACUACGGUUCUACGUGUUUUAAAUGGCAGCAAGACGAACAUUUGGGGUUUUCAAUAGAGACUCCUAUCAUUAAGGGGGAAUUUUCUUCGAGCCUCCGUUUCAACUCGUUGCUGGUCAUGCAACCUUUCAAAGUCUAUCUGAUGCCUCUUAGCUGGAGGUGUCUUUGAGUAG